AUGUUCCCUCCAGACGUGUGGAAUUCUACAGACCUGAUGUGGUUCAAUACGUCUGAGUUGAAUGCUUCUCUGGAGGAUCCGGAGGAGAGGGACCACCCGUUCCUGACAGACGCCUGGCUGGUGCCUCUCUUCUUCGCCCUCAUCAUGCUGGUGGGGCUAAUUGGGAACUCGCUGGUCAUCUAUGUCAUCUCCAAACACAGGCAGAUGAGGACAGCCACCAACUUCUACAUAGCUAACCUGGCUGCCACAGACAUCAUCUUCCUGGUGUGUUGUGUCCCGUUCACAGCCACUCUCUACCCGCUCCCUGGAUGGAUAUUUGGGAACUUCAUGUGUAAAUUUGUUGCUUUUCUACAGCAGGUGACUGUUCAGGCUACAUGCAUCACCCUCACUGCCAUUAGUGGGGAUCGCUGCUAUGUCACAGUAUACCCUCUAAAGUCCCUACGCCAUCGCACUCCACGAGUCGCCAUGAUCGUUAGCAUCUGUAUAUGGAUCGGUUCCUUCAUUCUAUCCACCCCGAUCUUCAUGUACCAGAGAAUUGAGGAGGGCUACUGGUAUGGACCGAGACACUACUGCAUGGAGAGGUUUCCCUCUAAGACCCAGGAGAGGGCUUUCAUCCUGUACCAGUUCAUAGCUGCCUACCUACUACCUGUCAUUACCAUCUCCUUCUGCUACACACUCAUGUUGAAGAGGGUGGGCCAGCCGUCCGUUGAGCCAGUAGACAAUAAUUACCAGGUCCACCUGUUGUCUGAGAGGACCGUCACUCUGAGGAGUAAGAUCUCCAAGAUGGUGGUGGUUAUUGUCCUCCUAUUCACCAUCUGCUGGGGGCCUAUCCAACUCUUCGCCCUGUUCCAGUCCUUCUACCCCAACUACAAGGUCAACUACACUACCUAUAAGAUCAAGACAUGGGCUAACUGCAUGUCCUACGCUAACUCCUCCAUCAACCCAAUCAUUUAUGGCUUCAUGGGAGACAGUUUCCGCAAGUCCUUCAAAAAGACUUUCCACUUCCUGUUCAAACACAAAGUGAGAGACAGCAGUGUCACGUCACGCACGGCUAAUGCAGAAAUCAAGUUAGUUGCUGCAGAGGAAGGCAACAACGAAGGGAAAUGAGCCUUGGGCUGAGUGAGCUGCUGGGGGCAAAGCUGUUGGGGAUUCAGUUCACAUUGGCACACAAACAGAAAAACACAUGAUAGACUGCUGCGAAUGUACACUUUCAGAAGGCAAUGACCCCCUGCUGGGAGCAGCAUUUUAAAAUGGCAUUUGAUGUGUUGUUUGCAAUUCUAUAAAAGCUGACUGAUCCUGCUCUGUUCUGACAUCACAGACAAUGAAAGGACAUUG